AUGUGAAAUUAGAGUUAUCAUGCCCGCUAGUGCGCAGUCACGUGCCCGUGGGGGCGCAGCCACUUACCGGAAGCACAAAGUACAUCAUACCGGAAGUCCUGAGUGAGGAGCGGUCCUGAAUUCAAUUUUCCUGACACAUUUAUCCAGGGUAAGUGGAAUAUCCAGCAGUCAUGUCGUACGGAAGGGCAGAGCAACGCGUCCCACCAAAAGACUUCAGCGGUCUGAUUCAGACAUGCAGCUCCAACAUUCAGAAGAUCACACAGAACACUGCUCAAAUCAAGAGCAUGGUGAACCAACUGGGAACCAGACAAGACACUAGUGACCUUCAUGAAAGACUUCAGCAGGUGCAACACUACACAAACCAGCUGGCCAAAGAGACCAACAAACACCUGAAAGAUCUGGGGGCUCUAUCUCUCCCUGUCUCCGUGUCCGAACAGGUGUGUAGACAGCAAAAAAUCCAGAAGGAACGACUGAUGAAUGAUUUCUCAGCUGCGCUAAACAACUUCCAGGUAGUGCAGCGUCGUGCCGCGGAGAAGGAGAAAGAAUCAGUGGCCAGAGCUCGAGCGGGGUCGCGCCUCUCAACUGAAGACGGGGGUCACGAUGAGCAGUUGGUGUCCUUUGAUAAUAAUGAUGAUUGGGGUAAGACCACCAUACAGACUGAAGAUGUUUCUAUAACAGAGGAAGAUCUGGAGCUCAUUAAAGAAAGAGAAACAGCCAUUCGACAACUUGAGUCUGACAUUUUGGAUGUGAAUCAGAUUUUUAAGGACCUUGCAGUAAUGAUCCACGACCAGGGUGAAAUGAUAGACAGCAUAGAGGCUAAUGUGGAGAGUGCAGAGGUGCAUGUGGAAAGAGGAGCGGAGCAACUCCAGAGAGCUGCACAUUACCAGCAAAAGUCCCGUAAGAAGAUGUGCAUCCUGGCAGUGGUCAUUUCUGUAGUGAUCUUCAUCAUUGGCAUAAUGAUCUGGCAACUCUCCAAGUAAAGUUCCUGUCUCUACCGUCCCUUCUUUCUUUAUUUCCUUAUUUAUAUCUUCUCUUUUCUCGCUCACAAACUCCGUGCCAUCCAUGUGGAGAGAGAGAUCAAAGGCCGUAGCAGCACCUGUAGAUUUGUCUGUGUACAUUUGCAGAGUUGGUUGCUUGAUGAAUUGAGUAAACUGAAUGUAACAUUCCUGAUCCUCUUUUCUCUGGACCAUUAUGACGAAGAUAAUGAAGGAUGAGCUUGCAAGUGAAGUGGGAAAAAAGAACUAAGUAAUCCAAGACUUUAUUAUGAUUUUUGUGAUAUAUUUCUAGCACUAACACUACUUUACAUUUCUAAACUAAAGCAGGAUAUUUCAUUUUGACAAGGACAUUGUUGCAAAAUAAGAUGUUCAUUUUGAUAGUUGAACGUUUUUCUUUGUUAUAUCAAUUUGGCUUUUUGCAGGAGUUUUAGAUGUUGAAAAUACUUUUCCACUCCAGGAAGUUAAAGACAGAUUGCUUAGAUGAGCCGCAAAAUCAUUGUCGCCGAUUUGGAAACAUGUUAAUAACUUCGUAAAACUGCAAGUAUGACGCAGCAGUGAUACCUAAUGCUCGAUCGCGAAUCUCUCAACUUCAAUACUGUCUGUCUAUAGCGUGCAUGGUGUUAACUCAUAGUUUUAUGAUAUGUCUAAUAUAUGGUGAUCAAAUAGCUGUAAAUGUGUUGUAUAAGAACUUGUAAUCAAUAUUAUGGCUGAAACAGAUUUGUAUAUGACAACAUGAAAAUUCUGCACAUUAUAUUAAAGUUAUGUAAAAAAGCUCCAAACUUUUAAGAUAUCCAAAAAUGAUUGUCCUUUUCUUUUUAAUAAUUGUUUUUUAUGUUGUCUAUUAUACUUGAGUAUUGAGUAAAGAACCACAUCUGAA